AUGUUUGUAAUUGAUCUUGAUUGUCAAAGUACAAAAAUAGGUCAAGCAGGGCCAUCUAGAUGGAUUGGGAUGAAAAGCGAGGAUGGAAUAGUUAGAUUAUAUCCACAAGCAUUGGUAAAACAAUUCCAACUUAAAACAAAUCCGGAAUUUUCACCUGCUGACAUAAUAGCAGAAUUUAACUCUGAUGUUGAUUUUUGGUUUGAAGACGAUGCAACACCAAUUAAGCCAACUCAAUAUGGAUUCUUAUAUAUGACAUUGCACGAAUUCAUACAUGGCUUGGGAUUUGUAUCAAUUUGGGACCCAUCUCCUUAUUUUGUUACAGUAAAUACAACAGAAUUGUUAAACAAAUUUGCACCAAAAGGCACGAAAUUUGAUUCGGAAGAUGAUUUUUAUGCAAAGUUUCAAAACUCCGCUCAAUAUAAAAUUGCAACUGAUAUGUUAAAUUUAAACCCUUAUCAGCCGGGAUCAAGUGUUAGUCAUGUGAGUCAAGCAUUGUAUUUGAAAAGCAUCGAAUUUCUAAUGAGUUAUCAAGAACCUCAAGGUAAAACGUUAAAGGACGUAAUUAAAAAUGGUGGAAACUAUGUCGGAGGUUCAAUCGGACCUAAAUUUUUAUCUAUUCUUGAAUCGUUGGGCUAUGCAACUGCAGACAAUCCAAACCCCGAAAUUCCGACUCUUCUUGAUCCGCCCUUUUAUUAG